AACGUAUAUAUCGACAAAAUUAUCUAUUGUGUUAUUUUUUUUUCAGCGAUUUUUUAUUUUCUUAGCUUUACAACUUGAAUUCGAUGAACCUGAAUAUGAUAUGGAUGAAAUUGAUCAUAAUUGGUUUCAUAAAACAGCUCAUAGUUUAUGUCCUGAGCUUACAUAUCUUGAAUAUGAAACUAUUAUUGAUAAACUUGAGAAUGCAAGUACGCGAACACGUGUCUCGUUGGAUGAAGCACGAGCAUUGUUUGCAUCUUCAACACCAUCAAUAAUCAAUGAUUUACAUAUAAAUACUGUUUAUGAUUUUUGGUAUAAACGACGAACAACACGGGACAAACGAUUGAAACCACGUUUACUAACAGAACGUGAUAUCAAAGAAGAAAAAGGAAAGCAUCAUCCAUAUGUUGCUUUUCGACGGCGUGUUGAAAAAAUGACAACAAGAAAAAAUCGAAAAAAUGAUGAGCAAGCCUAUUUAUCAAUGCUCAAAUUACGUUCUAAUUUUGAAGCCGUCGUUAAGUUAACAAAUUUGAUCAAACUACGUGAAACAACCAAAGUCUCAUGGCUCGAAUGCGCACUAGCAAUUUUUCAAGCACGAUGUGAUUCGAAAUUGGAUGAUGAAACAACAUCGACGAAUCAAUCAUCGAUAUCAUCGUUGUCGACAAAUCAAGAUCAAUAUCAUCAUACUCGUUCCCAUUUGAAAACAUCUUUAUUGAUGAACAGUAAUAGUAAUCUAACAAAUAUUCAACAUCAACAAUUAUUAACACAAUUAAUACGUAUUGAAAAUCAGAAAAAAAAUUCAUUAACAACAUCAACAUUAGCUAAUCUUUUACAAACAUCUAUAAAAUCACGAUCAUUAUCAAUGGAUCCUAAUGAUCCAUUUCAACGAAAAAUUAAAAAAUUAAAAACAUCACAUCGAAAAAUGAAUCAUACCGAUAAACUUACACAAUUGUUGUCUUCACCAACAAUACCAUCAUCACCUAUUGUAUAUAAUAUGGGAUUGACAUCAACAUCAAUCUCACCACAAUCCAUAUUUGAACGAUUGUCAUCAUCAAAUGUUGUUUCUUCACCUUCAGAACAACAAACUAAUCGACGUCGUUUAAAACAUUCUCCAUCAGGAACAAUAAAACAAGGAAAAAAUCAUCGAAAUUUAUCACCUGUGGAUAUAUGGUCCCUUGUAGAUAAUACAAAAGGUGGUGCAAUCUUGCUUAAAGCUCAAUUUCUUGAAGCAGCAAGAAAAAUGCAACAAAAAGAAGAGCUUGAAAAUAACAUAAAUCGUCGUGUUAUUUUGCAAGAUGGUUCAUCUGUAUUAUCAAAUACAAAUGAAAAUAUCAAUAAUAGACUAGAUGAAGUGGGAACGAGUAUUGAUGAUGAAGAAUCAAUUGAUCCUUGGCAAUUUCGGCCUAAAAUUGGAUGUAGAUAUCUUCGGCCUAUUGACCAAGAUCAACAACAGCAUGUUCAAUCACAACGUUCAAGUUUUUCAUCAUUUUAUUCUCUCGCUUGUUCCGAACGUGGUCAUCUCGGCAAGCGACGAGUACGAAUAGGUCGUGGUGGAAGAUUACUCUAUGAUCGUCAUAUUGAACAGGAGAAUAAUAAUUCUAUGAAUGAAAUUCAUAAUUUUUCAUUAACAAGUAAAUCACAUUUUACGGAUAAACCCAUAUUAUGGUAUGUCUCGUCUCAACCAUCACUUACUGACUCAUAUCAUUUACAUUCACAUUUAACAGUUCAUGAUCAUACAACAUCACUAGCUCAUCAUUAUCAAUCAAAAUCAUCAACAUCAUCGAGUUCAAUCCAUUUAAACGAUUCAUUCUAUCAUGUAAAUAAUUCAAAUCCAUCUUUAUCAUUAAAUAUAAAUGCGUUACGUACAUUAGUUGAACCACAAUUACCAUCACCAUCCCCAUCACCACCUCCAAUAACCUCUAUAUCUACAUCACAACAGAUGAUGGUGAUAUCGACACCACCUACUCCACCACCACUACCACCAUCAUCAUCGAUGAUAAAUAAUCAUAAAAUAGAUAGUUCUCAACAACAACAACAACAACCAUUCUAUACAAAAUCAUCAUCAACAUAUGUUCUUUCUCCAUCAACACCUUUUUUUCCAUCACAUCAUCACUCACAUGUUAUUCCAUCAACGUCUCCACCUUCAACACCAUCAUCAUGUGGUCUUGUACAAUUUGUUCAACUUCAUCGUAUACUUCCACCAACAAAACCCCAUAAUUUUGCAUCAUCAACACCGGUGACUACAUCCGAUUCAUGA